AUCUCUCUAGCUAUCUCUUCAAUCCUCAUCUCUCACAGAAGGAAGUCGCAAUGUAUCAAGAAGCCGCACUUCUCCUAGCUCUCCUAUGUGUCUCUUCUAAUAAUGUUAACAUCGUCGUAGCGGCCCCAAUCCGCGAUGGAUUACUACCAAACGGUAAUUUCGAGAAGGGUCCUAAACCGUCCCAAUUGAAAGGAUCGGUUGUUAAGGAACGAUCAGCCGUACCCAACUGGGACAUGACCGGUUUGGUGGAGUACAUCAAAGCUGGUCAGAAACAAGACGACAUGGUCCUGGUCGUACCGGAAGGCUCCUCCGCCGUCCGAUUAGGCAACGAGGCCUCAAUCUCCCAGAAAAUCUCAGUCCGAUCGGGCCGUCUAUACUCUAUCACGUUCAGCGCCGCUCGAACCUGCGCUCAGGACGAGCGGCUCAACAUCUCCGUCACGCACGAGUCCGGUGUGAUCCCUAUCCAGACCUUGUACGGCAGCGACGGUUGGGACUCGUACUCCUGGGCUUUUAAAGCUGGUGGGCCCGAAAUAGAGAUCCGGAUCCACAACCCGGGUCAUGAGGAGCACCCGGCUUGUGGACCUUUGAUCGACGCCGUCGCUAUCAAGGCUUUGUUCCCUCCCAGAUUCUCUAGAUAUAAUCUGAUUAAGAACGGGAAGUUCGAGGAAGGACCUUACGUGUUCCCCAAGGCAAAGUGGGGAGUAUUGAUCCCACCGUUCAUAGAAGACGAAAACAGCCCAUUGCCCGGUUGGAUGAUCGAGUCACUCAAGGCCGUAAAAUACGUCGACAAGGCACACUUCUUCGUCCCAGAAGGACACCGAGCCAUCGAGCUUGUUGGAGGCAAAGAGAGCGCUCUUUCUCAGAUCGUGAGGACGUCACUGAACAAAUUCUACGCUCUCACUUUCAACGUUGGAGACGCCAGAGACGCUUGCGAGGGACCGAUGGCAGUGGAGGCCUUCGCUGGACGGAGCAAGGUCAUGGUGGAAUACGCGUCUAAGGGGAGAGGCGGUUUUAGACGGGGAAGGCUUGUGUUCAAGGCGGUGUCGCCGAGGACACGUGUCACUUUCAUCAGCACGUUUUACCACACGAAGAGCGACCACUCUGGCUCGCUAUGUGGCCCGAUCAUCGAUGACGUCAGGUUGGUGGCGGUUCGUACACUCCGAGGGUGA